CACAAAGCGAUAAGAAUGACGGAGAACCCUGGAUGGUUAGCUCAACAGGUUAAAAGGCUCCAUAUCUGGAAUCUUUUAGAGAUGCAAAUGGAUAUUCAAGCUCGAAUUGGAAUUAUAACAUCCCACUUCUUCUGCUCUAAAUCAAAUAAGCCACCCUCUUCUUCCAAUUCUCGCUGGCCAUUGAGACCCGCGUGCUCUGCAAAAAAUUCCCAAGUACCCCAACAAAAUGGGGAUAACAAUAAAGGUGAUAAAUUCUCAACAGAUUGGGAUAAGGCAUGGACAAGCUUCAGGAAGCAAGGGAAAAAAACCCUCUUUUCACAGUUUAAUCCAAACAAGUAUGUGAGCUGGAAUCCACCACCUUCAAACUACCCACUGUCUGAGGAGGUUGAUCCCAUCAAGAGAACUGAAAAGUCAAACCUGAUGUUUUGGACUAGUCCAAGAUUUUAUCUGGUUGGGGCCAUUAUAGUAGUCACAUUUCUUCUUCUCUAUACAAUUCUUGCUCCAGUCAAGUAAUCUAACUUUAUUUUAUUUCACUCAUAGAAAAUAGACCUUGUCGUGUUUUGAUCAUUAUGAAGAAAUGGACAUAGGGGAAGGAGUUGUGAAUUGUAAGUAAAUGCAACUAUUUGUUUUUCUCUUUCUCCAAUUGAGCAUAACCAAUAUUUAAGAGCA